AUGAAAUCAAAAAUCCAUGAAUCCCAUGAUAUUAUAUUUGACUGGAUACCAUACAGUCAGUUUUAUAAUAUUAAAGAAAUAGAUAAAGGUGGUUUUGCAAUGAUCAAAAAAUAUUCGGUAAAUAACUAUGGUAGCAAUAUUCUUAGAAUAUAUGGAUUAUCUCAAAAUCUGAAUACUAAAGAAUAUAUUAUGGUCCUUGAAUAUGCGGAAGGUGGAAACUUUAAUAAUUGGAUGAAUAAAAAUAACAGAAAUUUUUCUUGGUUGUCUAAACUAAAUACAUUAUUUAAUAUUAAUAUAGGAUUAUGUGGAGAAGUUGAUAAUAUAGAUAAAACAAAAAUUUAUGGGGUUAUGCCUUAUGUAGCUCCUGAAGUGUUAAGGGGAAAGCCUUAUACUCAAGCGACAGAUAUAUAUAGUUUUGGUAUAAUUAUGUAUUUUACAGCAGCCGGGAGACAACCUUUUGCUAAUUGUCCACAUGAUAAGUUUUUGGCAUUAGGCAUUUGUAAUGGAAUUAGACCUGAAGUCAAUGAACUAGAAGCACCAAAAUAUUAUAUUGUUCUAAUGAAAAAGUGUUGUGACCAAAAUCCAGAAAAUAGACCAAAUUCUUUUGAAAUAUAUGAAUCAGUUUUACAAUUUCAAAAUAAUGAGAUUGAAGAACAAUUCAAAGAAGUAGAAGAAUAUAGAAAAGCGAAUCUUUUAUCAAAUGAAAAUAAUCAAUCAUCUACUCAUCCACAGGCUGAUUUAAAUUAUGCAGCAGGAACGAUUGAUCAUUAG